CUUAAUGUCAAAACUGUAAUGUAAGCAAAAUAUUUUGAAGAAAAUUAAUAUUUUACUUCUAACAACAAAUUAAAAACCAACAGAAAAAUGUCUCGUCACAGGGAUAUUAGGAAUAUGGAUUUCCAAGACGAUUAUGAUGGAUAUGACGAUGUUUACGGUCAUUCAGUAGAUGACGAUUAUUACAUAUCACCUAGUAAUAAACAGUUUAUAUACAAUCGAGACAACAGUCGUGAUAAGAACAUACAAGAAGAGGACGAAAAGGAGGCAGAGCUCUCAGAUAUGGACAAAGCCAAACUUGAAUCUUGCAUUACUCAAAUUACUGAAAUGUUAGGAUCCACAUUAAUACCCAGAAAUGAAUUGGUCAAUGUGAUUAUGAAAUUUAAUUACAACACAGAAAGGUCUUUAAAUGCCCUUCUUGAACAACAAAAUAAAGAACCAGAAAGAAUAGAACAAGUCGUCGCAAUCCCGCGCACUACCAUCGUGCCGGCCGACACGGCUGACAAAAUAGUGAAGGUGACCGCUCCGCAGCAGAACCCUUUGUCGGUGACAAAGGGCUUCGAGCUGCCACCUGCGCGUCUUGACAUCAGCAAAUUGCAAGCGACGUCGCGAUCGCAGUCGCCCGCGUCGGGCAGGGGAACCCCAGUCAACCAGGAGGUGCCAGACGAGCUGAAAACGACCAGAAGAGAGAACAAAAUAGAUCCGGACACACAGUACAAGAAGGAGAGAGGAGAAGGCAAGGAGCACUUGUACAUGGUGGUCAUUGGGCACGUCGACGCCGGGAAAUCCACCUUGAUGGGCCAUCUGUUGUGCGAACUAGGACAGGUAAAUCAAAAAGUGAUGCAUAAAUACGAGCAAGAAAGUAAAAAACUAGGCAAACAAAGUUUCAUGUAUGCCUGGGUGUUGGACGAAACUGGCGAAGAAAGAACCAGAGGGAUUACAAUGGACGUAGGAAGGUUCCAAUUUGAAACUAAAACCAAAGCGGUAACAUUAUUGGAUGCACCAGGUCACAGAGAUUUUAUCCCGAACAUGAUUUCUGGCGCUGGACAAGCCGACGUGGCUCUUAUGGUCGUAGACGCAACAAGGGGAGAAUUUGAGUCGGGAUUCGACUAUGGCGGACAAACUAGAGAACACGCGCUCCUGGUUAGAUCAUUAGGUGUAUCUCAGUUAGCAGUUGCAAUAAACAAAUUGGACACAGUGUCUUGGUCUCAAGAAAGAUUUGACGAUAUAGUGAAAAAACUGAAGGUCUUUUUGAAGCAGGCCGGCUUUAGAGAAUCCGACGUGACAUUUGUACCGUGCAGUGGUCUAACCGGUCAAAAUCUUAUUGAAAAACCGACUGAAAAUGAACUUUUGGUUUGGUAUAAUGGACCUUGUCUAUUAGAAACGAUAGAUAAAUUCAAGUCUCCCCAACGCCCAGUCAGCAAGCCAUUCCGACUUUCUAUUAACGACAUUUUUAAGGGCACAGGUUCAGCAUUUUGUGUUUCUGGUAGGGUUGAAACAGGAGCUUUAAAUGUAAGUGACAAAGUUUUGGUUUGUCCAAAUAGAGAAUCCGCCAUAGUCAAGUCUUUGUCUAUUGAGGAGGCUUCUCAGUUAGUUGUAUUUGCAGGGGAUCAAGCUACAGUAACAUUGUCUGGCAUUGAAAUGCAGAAUGUAUCUGUUGGGAACAUACUAUGUGACCCAAUAAGACCUGUACAAGUUGCCACAAAGUUUCAAGCUAGGAUAGUAGUUUUUAAUGUACAAGUUCCAAUAACAAAAGGAUAUUCUGUGGUUUUACAUCAUCAAUCCCUAGUGGAACCUGCAGUGAUCACCAAACUCAUUUCCCAGUUAAAUAAAAGUACAGGGGAGUUGGAAAAGAAACAUCCAAGGUUUUUGGGCAACAAUACCAGUGCCACAAUUGAGAUUCAAGUACAAAGACCCAUUGCCUUGGAAUUAUACAGUGAGUGCAAAGAAUUGGGUAGAGUUAUGUUGAGGCAGGGUGGAGUUACAAUUGCAGCUGGUUUAAUUACUAAUAUUACAGUGUAAAUAUUUUGUUAAUAAAUUUAUAUUAAGUGUA